UCCUCUCUCAAGGUCAUUUGUACCCAACAAAGAUGUUCUGUCUCGCAUUCCCGAAAUCCCCAAUCUAUCGGUACAGUUCAGACCUUUUUGCCCAUAUAAUAGAAAACCAUCUUGCCAAACUAACGCUAAAUACAGGACUGCUGACGGAACGUGCAACAACUUAAACAAUCCACUUUGGGGGAAAUCUCAAACUCCAUUUGAACGAUUUGUGUUUCCAUUCUAUGAAGAUGAUGUUCAGGACCCAAGAAGUCGGAAUGUAAAUGGGAGCCCGUUACCAGGUCCCAGGGAAAUAAGCAUUGCUGUCCAUCAAAGAAGUACAAACACACACGCCAUGGACCUCUCACAAUUCUCCAUGGAAUUCGGACAAUUCGUUAGUCACGAUAUCCAAUUUAAUGCUUUGUCUAAAGGUUACUUAAACUCAAAUCUCAAUUGCUGUGACAGGAAAGGUUUGAACAGAUUAAAUUGUUUGCCAAUUUCCUUACCAAAAGAUGAUCCUUAUUUCGCAUCUUUUAAGAGGACUUGUAUGAACUUUGUUAGAUCUUUACCAUCAGCAGCUUUAGACUGUAGUGUCGGCCCGCGUCAACAAAUUAACCAGAACACGCACUAUAUUGACGGCUCAGCUGUUUACGGCUCCGACCAGAACACAAUGAAUUCAUUAAGACUAAAAAGAGAUGGUCUGUUAAGAUCAACGUCUGUUGAUGGCAAGGAACUUUUAUCACAAGAUACCAGCAAUUCAGCCUCCUGUCGACUGCCCUCUAAUGACAAUAAAGUCAAAUGUUUUAAAGCAGGUGAUAGACGAGUUAACCAGCAAGCAGCCUUAAUUUCCCUCCAGACUAUUUGGCACCGGGAGCACAACAGAAUUGCUAAAAAUCUCAAAAAAGUAAACCCAGGUUGGAACGACGAGACACUUUUCCAGGAGUCUCGUAAAAUUGUUGGAGCUCUUAUUCAGCAUAUUACCUAUCAUCAAUAUCUGCAAGAAAUAUUAGGAAACGAUAUUAUGAAUCAAUUUGACCUAAAGCCGAAAUCGUCAGGAUAUUUCACUGGCUAUAACGCUAAAUUUAAACCAAUGAUCAGGAAUUCCUUCUCUGCGGCAGCCUUCAGAUUUGGUCAUAGCAUGAUUAACGAUAAGUUGUCUUAUCAUCCAACAAAAACUUUCUCCGCAAAUAUCAUGUCUGAUUUGAGAAACAUCAUUCAAAAACCAGAAUGGAUAUACAGAAAAGAUGGUGGAGUAGGGGCCGUUACCAAAGGAUUGUAUGAAACAAAUGCACAGGGUGUUGACAUGAGGAAAUCAUAUGAAGUGACGAGGCAUUUGUUCGAAACAGGUCCAGGAAAUGGUAUCGAUCUAGCGGCAAUAAACAUUCAGAGAGGUCGUGAUCAUGGUAUACCACCCUAUAACUUCUGGAGAAUGGUAUGCGGCUUAGAACCAGCCACGUCGAUCACAAGUGGAACUGGAGGGCUUGUGGAUCAUCCAGGAGACGCCAUCAUUGCCCUGAAAGCCAUCUACAAAAACGUAGACGACAUAGAUCUUUUUACCGGAGGAGUCUCGGAAAACCCACUUCCGGGUGCACGAGUGGGGCCUCUAUUUGCCUGUAUUAUUGGACUGCAGUUUAAGGCCCUCAAAUAUGGAGACAGAUUUUACUACGAAAACAACGAAGACAACGUGAAAUUUACACCAGAACAACUGAAGGAAAUACGUAAUACACUAAUGGCAAAUGUCAUAUGUAGAAACACAGACAUUGACAAAAUUCAUAGAAAUGUCUUUGAAAAGAAGACUAUAAGCACACCAGAGUUCUCCUGUUCUGAAUUCAAAAACGACAUUGAUUUUACCAAAUGGGAUUCCUGUAUUCCCCGAAAUGGUGGAUGGUCGCCAUGGAGAUCAGUUGGCAGAUGUGCUUCUCGAAGAACAUGCAAUAAUCCUUCUCCAAAUAAGUGUGGAAAACGUUGCAGCGAAAGUUCUUUUAAAUAUGAAUGUUCAUUUCCGGAUUUAUCACAAAUACGACCAGUGACUCCAAGGAUUUUCCCAAACAUCCGGGAACACUUACAGCCAGAUUUUCCUAAUCGUCGGUUUAGACUUCCAAAUGGGCGAAUUGCAAUACCCUGAUUCCAAUCAAUUUUUUUCACUAAAAAAAUGUGCAAUAGUUUGUAUUUCUUUCGUUUUGAAAAUCCAGAAAUAAAUACUUUUUGUUUGUGAUAUUAGUAAUUUGUAAAUGAAUCAAACGUGCCAAGUUUUGAGGAAAAUAUGUCCGCAGGGUUAGACCACACAAAAACCACGGACACUUGUCUCACGAACCAAGCCGAUUACACAGUAUUUCUAAGAUCUCAAAGAGUGCAUGU